GAUCAUUGGUUAAAUUUAUAUUCUAGGGUUUAACAGAAUGAAACCCCGUGUAGGAAUUUCCUUCACGAGUGAAAGUGGGGAAUAAGCAAAUGAAAAUAAAAAUUGAAAGCCCAUUGAAGCAGAGAUCCAAUAGACUGUAUAUCUCAAAUCAAAUACCCUGUACAAGGGGCCUUUCCCAUCACAAUAUUACUGUAUUUUGAUGUUUUUGUUCAAUUUUCGUAUACGUUUUAUCUCUUCAUUUUAUUUUAAUUGGCUUCUUGCUCGAAAAAAAUUACUGGCAAUGUUUCCAAGGUGGAGCAGGGCGAUUUCCAAAAUAUAUACGGACAGUAAUUUCCAGAGGAACACUGGAAUUAUCAGAAAAUGUUAGCACACUUUUGCGUAUCAGAAUUAUUCAAAUGUUGCUGCUGCUGCAGAGCCAAAUCUUCCCGAUUCCGCUGCGAAAACCUGCACAAGCAGACCAGAGGUGAAUUUCAACAAGAUGUUUUGGUCCAAGCCUUGUUCAUUAGCAUUGCCACCUGGUUCACCACAAAGAAUUGAAGAUCCAAAGUACGAGGGCUUUAAGCGAGUUAUCCUUAAGAUGAUGCUGUUUUAUAGUAAACAAAGCCAGUCCAUUCGAUGGGCAAACGCAAUUUACAGCCGCGUUCUUUAUCAAGUUGACCGGCCUUCUAUUUAUGACGUGUUUAGCUUGGAGAAAACCUUUAAAACAACAUUCUCCUUGCUUGUAAUCCACAUGUGGCUUUGCUUACGCCGCUUAAAAGAAGAGGGAAAUGAAGGUGUUGAGUUGGGGCAAUACUUAUAUGAAAUAUACAAUCAUGAUCUCGAACUGAGAGUUUCCAAGGCUGGGGUAAACUUGCUGUUAACUAAGUGGAUGAAAGAUUUGGAGAAGAUAUUUUAUGGAAACGUUGUUGCUUAUGAUGCCUCUAUGAUUCCUGAAGGAAAGCAGGAUCAGUUACUAAGUGUUAUUUGGAGUGGCAAAGAGAUUGGAGAGACUUCAAAGAGAAUUUGUGUGGGCAGGGUUGGGAGAGGAGAGGAGACUCCAUUUGUUCAAUUGGGGAGUUGUUUGUUUGCCAAUGAUGAUUGGGGGUCUUGGGGUGAGGAGCUUUGUGUUGUUCAAUAAAGCUUUAUUAGGCAAGUGGUUGUGGCGAUUUGGAGUGGAGAGGGAAAGCUUCUGGAGAGAAAUAAUUGGGGCGAAGUAUGGUGUGACGGAGGGGGGAUGGUGUACAUUUGAGGAUCGUGGUUCUUAUGGGGUGAGUUUGUGGAGAUAUAUCCGACGAGGAUGGAGUGCUUUUUUGGACAAACUGAAGUUUGUGGUCGGAAAUGGUAAUGAGAUUAAAUUUUGGGAUUAUUUAUUGGUGCGGAGAUCAACCGCUAAAGGAGAGAUUCCCUUCCUUGUAUCGCAUUGCCUCAGUGUCCACUGCUACGGUGAGUGAUCUCUUAGACAUUCAUAAUGAGAGCUAUAGCUGGAAUAUUACUUUUGGGAGGGAUCUUCAGGAUUGGGAAUUGGAAGAUUAUUCGCUGUUUAUGACCAUUUUACACGAGGCCCAAAUUCGGGUUGGAGAGAGGGAUUGCAUCAGGUGGGGGACAGCACAGGAUGACAUUUUUUCAGUUCGCUCGUACUUUGGUUCCCUCAUGGGAUGUGUGAAUAAUUCAUUCCCCUAUGGCAGUGUAAAUUUCCUCCUCGGGUGGCAUUCCUAUUGUGGACAGUUGUGAGGGGACAGGUCUCAACGGUGGAUAAUCUUCGACGUAAAGGCUUUUAUGCAACUGAGUGGUGUUAUAUGUG